AAGCACCAACCAAACGUAAAUUGGUUUAUGAUAAGGAAAACCUAAUCAUGGAGAGAAAGAGAGUCAUACUAAUCACUGUCUUAUUGUUCAUAAGUGUGGUGGUUGCAGAAGAGGCUGGUGCUGGUGAUGCCAUUAAACCUAUAGAAGAUGCUGCAACAAGUGAUGCUGCAGAAGAUGCUGGAACUGAUGAAACCGCUAAUGUUGCUAAAGACGUUGGUUUGAGCUUGGCAAUUAAUCAAAUACUUAAUGGACAAACUCAAGGGUACGAGUCUCCNAGGUUCAAGAGGUUUGUGACACAUUGCAGCUCACAUGUUGCUGAAACAUGCAGUGGAAANAGUCCAAUGCAUCAUGGCGGUGGUGGAACCAAUGGCCAAUNAGGGUUNUCUCAAUGCCUUUUUGAUUCCAUGGAAGCAUGCUUGGUAGACCACAACGCCCCACUUUAUGAAACAACUUCUUCCGAUAAACCUAAACAGUCAAUUCAAUAUUUGCCAGUGCUCGUUGAGACUGUAAAGUUUAAAACAGUCUUGAGAACCUGCUCUUAUGUCACUGCACAAAGUUGUUUGAGUGGUUCUAACGUUGAUGCGUCAGCUUUAUCAGCUUGUCUUCUACCAUCUUUGAAUUGGUGUGUGUAUCCUAUGCAACCACCACCACCACCACCGACGUCGACAUCGACAUGUAUCACUUCUUUAUUCUCUUAAAGUUUAUUUUUUAAGAAAAUUAUAUAUGAUUUAAGGAAUAUCAUUAUGUUAGAAGUUUAAUUAACAUGUGGUUGGUGCAGAUUAUAAGCCUGAUCAAGUUGACCCUGAUAAAACUACACCUGGUAUGACUUCUUCUGUCACUUUCUGUAUACAUUCUCGGAUAGUCUAUUUUUCAAGACAAUCAUAUAUGAUUUAAGGAAUAUAAUUAA